UUUCAUGGCCCAGUAAUCAAAAGGAAAACAUUACUUGAGCUUCCUGUAAAUAGUGUAGUGUAGUGUGCUGUGUAAUGUUAAUUAAUAAAUUACUACCGAAAUGACAUCUUACUAAAAAUGUGAGCGCCAAAGAGUCUAUCAAAUGUAAUCAUAUUACAGUUUUAUUUACACUUGCGACCUUUUACGUUUUGUUGGUUAUUUAUAAAUUCGUAUGUACUCAGUGUGAAGAACUAUAGUGAUAUAGGCCUGUAGGCAGAAACGGUGUAUUACUUGCAAGCACGAGUAUUGGUUUAGCUGCUGAACUGCCUGCUACCAGAAGACAGCAGUAUUCCUCCAGCCAACUCGUGUGAACUAUUCGUCCAGCUCUUGGUAUUUGUCUCCUAAAGUUAUGAACAAUGGCCGAAGAUCGUGAUUUGAUCGAAAAAUAUGGCCAGCCAAUGCCAUAUGAUCGUAAUUUUCGCGGCCCGGAGUGGCGUAAUCGAAGUUGCACAGAUGUGCCCUGCCUACUGAUCUUCAUACUUUUCUUAGGCGGAUGGGGCUUUAUAGCACAAUAUGCGGUACGAAAUGGUGAUCUCAAUAAACUAGUUGUGCCGACUGAUUCAUUCAACCGCAAAUGCGGUAUCGACUCGUCGGUGCUGGAUAAGAAGUAUUUAUUUUUCUUCGAUUUGGGCAAAUGCAUUGAUCCGGUUGUACCGCUCACAGGCUGUCCCACGCCGCAAGUCUGUGUCGAAAGCUGCCCCACACAGACUUUUAUUUGGGAUACAAUGAAAAAUAGUCUUUCAUUUGCAGAGUUAAAGGAGCGUAUGAUUUGCUUGACAGACGCAGAUAAAAACAAUCUGAAAAGCGUAAAUGACAUUCAACGCGCCAUUGACGAGCAACGAUGUGCCCGUUGGUACGUGAGGAGCGCACAAUUUCUGAAUCGUUGUAUGUGGGAGUUUUCACCAAAACUGUGUGAGUUUAUACCAUUGUCACUAUUGCCACGUAACAGACGCGCCUCAGAUGGACCACAAAACGCUAGCACACUUAUUGCUGACACAGUCGAUCUUCCCGCUGGGUUAAUCGGUGAUAAUGCAAAUUUGGCUGAAAUGAAGUUGGAAGCAUUGGCCUUAACUGCAAUGACUGAAACACCGAUUAGAAGGCAGCAGCAGCUCGUCGAAGAACCUGCGAUACAAUGUCGCCGACGAACCGAACAGGCCGAGACCAUCAAACAGAAGGUGCGUCAAGCGGACACGCGACUGGCGAAGUUGGUAGGCAACAUGGUUGCGCACUUCUAUAAUGGCACACACGAUGCGCAGCAGCUUGGGGAAGAGAUCGUAGAAGACAUUAUGAACUCGUGGUACGUGGUGUUAAUGGCGUUAAUGUGCACCCUGGUUGCUUCGUUAAUUUUGAUCGCUUUGAUGCGUUGGUUCGCUGCACCGAUCUUAUGGAUAUCAAUAUUUGGCGUGCUGAUCGGUCUAGGCUUUGGUGUCUAUUACAGCGUGAAACAGUAUCGUUUUUGGCGUGACACUGCAACGGUGCCCAAUCAUUCGCUUAAUUUGGAGGCGGCUGUGAAGAAUAUAUUACAGGAGGCUAACACUUGGCUGUAUCUAAGCAUAUUUCUUAGCAUUAGUUUCGUCGUCAUUCUAUUGUUGGUAAUUGUGCUGCGUAGCCGCAUCAGUAUCGCCAUUGCGCUUACGAAGGAAGGCAGCAAAGCGGUCUCGAGUAUCAUCUCCACUGUCUUCUUUCCUAUAUUCUCUUGGGUGCUUUUCAUUUUGGCCGUCGCAUAUGCUAUUGGAGUUGGUCUGUAUCUGGGUUCUAUAGGUGAGCCUGCCUUCCGCAUGAUACGCCAACUGGACUCCAAUAGCCAAACUGGUGUUUCCAACGAGAACUGCGUUUGUACAGGCCCGGCUGUGGAAUACAAAGUAGGCGGACGUUGUGAUCCACAAAUUUUUGAGCAGAAUUGCUAUAAUACCGAUUUUUUCGCACGCAGUCCUUGCAGGCGCACUACAUGUAGUUUCGCAGAAAUUGAGCAUCCACCAUUUGUUACUUGGUCUAUCGUCUAUAAUGUCUUCGGUUUCUUCUGGCUGACAUUCUUCAUUGCGGCCUUUAGUGACAUGGUUUUGGCGCUUACAUUCGCUACCUGGUAUUGGACCUUCAAGAAACGAGAUGUGCCAUUUUUCACAUUAGGACGCGCAUUCCGCCAGACCAUCUUCUAUCAUCUAGGCACACUGGCGUUCGGUGCAUUAAUCCUUGCUGUAUGUCGCAUGAUACGCGUGGCGUUGGAAUAUCUCGAUUCGAAGCUAAAGAAAUACGAUAAUACGGUAACUCGCGCCAUACUCUGCUGCAUGAAAUGCUUUUUCUGGCUACUCGAGACCUUCCUACGCUUCCUCAAUCGCAACGCGUACAUCAUGUGUGCUAUACACGGCAAGAAUUUUUGUGUCAGCGCCAGGGACGCUUUCAAUUUAAUAAUGCGCAACUUCUUGCGUGUCAUCGCCGUUGACAAGGUCACCGAUUUUCUCUUUUUCCUAUCUAAAGUAUUGCUAACCGGUGCUGCUGGCGUCGGCACCUACUACUUUGUGGUGCAUAGCCCACAUCUAAUACAGCUGCACUACAACGCGGUGCCAGUGACACUUGUCGUCAUUGCGGCCUUUCUCAUGACUACGGUCUUCUUUGGCGUAUACUCAAUGGCGGUGGAUACAUUAUUUUUGUGCUUUCUGGAGGACUGUGAGCGCAAUGAUGGCUCGCCUGAGAAGCCCUUCUACAUGUCCAAACAGCUCAUGCGCAUACUGGGCAAGCGCAACAAGUUUCCACGGCAACGUAGCAACAUCUAAGAAGACACCGAUGUGGUUUUAAAAAGUUGAAGGACAAGAGAGGUUGAGCAUGAGGAGUUAUCGUUAUGGUUGUUUAAAUGAGAGCGUUAAAUG